AACGCGUGUGGCAAAGAGAGACAGUGCUGGAGAGGAGAUAAAGAGUUUGGAGCUUGAAUUGCUGCUGCUAUCUGUGUCAGAGGUCACAAAUUCUUGGUAUUGAAAAAAAUAGCAAUGGCCUCAGCAUCUCUUCUCAAGUCAUCGCCAGUUCUUGACAAGUCUGAGUUUGUCAAGGGCUCGCAGACCCUUCGCCAGCCCUCUGUCUCAGUUGUCCGCUGCCACCCUACUGCUCCAUCUUCUCAUACUAUCCGGGCAUCCUCAUAUGCUGAUGAACUAGUCAAGACAGCGAAAACUGUUGCAUCCCCUGGUCGUGGUAUAUUGGCCAUGGAUGAGUCAAACGCCACCUGUGGAAAACGUCUAGCUUCCAUUGGGCUUGAGAACACAGAGGCUAACCGCCAAGCUUACCGUACCCUUCUCGUGACCGCCCCUGGCCUUGGCCAAUACAUCUCUGGGGCUAUCCUUUUUGAGGAGACUCUCUACCAAUCCACAACCGAUGGCAAAAAGAUGGUUGAUGUCCUUGUUGGGCAGAACAUUGUUCCUGGUAUCAAAGUUGACAAGGGUUUGGUUCCGCUUGUUGGUUCAAAUAAUGAAUCCUGGUGCCAAGGUCUUGAUGGCCUUGCUUCCCGCUCUGCUGCUUAUUACCAACAGGGAGCUCGUUUUGCCAAAUGGCGUACUGUUGUGAGCAUUCCCAAUGGCCCAUCAGCAUUGGCUGUGAAGGAAGCCGCCUGGGGUUUGGCUCGCUAUGCUGCCAUUUCUCAAGACAAUGGAUUGGUCCCCAUUGUGGAGCCAGAAAUCCUGCUCGAUGGCGAACAUGGCAUUGACAGGACCUUUGAGGUGGCUCUAAAAGUUUGGGCUGAGGUCUUCUUUUACCUUGCUGAGAACAAUGUUCUGUUCGAGGGUAUACUUCUCAAGCCAAGCAUGGUUACUCCAGGAGCUGAAUGCAAGGAGAAGGCUACCCCUGAGCAAGUGGCUGCCUACACUCUCAGUUUCCUCAAGAGGAGAAUCCCGCCAGCUGUGCCUGGAAUCAUGUUCUUGUCUGGUGGGCAAUCUGAAGUUGAAGCUACCUUGAACUUGAACGCCAUGAAUCAAGCUCCCAACCCAUGGCAUGUCUCCUUCUCAUACGCCAGGGCACUUCAGAAUACCUGCUUGAAGACAUGGGGUGGACGCCCUGAGAACGUUAAGACAGCUCAAGAAACUUUGCUUAUCAGGGCCCAAGCCAACUCUCUUGCUCAGCUCGGAAAGUACACUGGUGAAGGCGAAUCAGAGGAAGCGAAAAAGGGAAUGUUCGUCAAGGGCUAUGUCUACUAAGCUAUAUGUGCUAAGUCAAUGGAAGCAAGGGAUGUCCGAUGUUGAUAAUGUCAAAGCCAAGAACUGAAACAAAAAUCCUUAAAAAUGCUGAUAGUAGUGGCACCUAUUUUUUGUUUACUACGUGUACUUUGAACCGCUUAAUCAAUAAUCUUCUUGCUAAUGAGAUUAGUUAGUAUGUAUCGAUGCAUCACAGAACAAAAUGUUUCACACAGGGAGCUCAAGACUAUUGGCAUUUCAGCUAAUUUAUUCCCA